CUCGCAACUGCAAAUCAGAAAAUGAUAGUUCCGACCAUCGACUCAACGCUCCACCUACCACGGAUCCUCUGCCUCCAUGGCGGCGGCACCAACGCCCGCAUCUUUCGCAUGCAAUGCCGCGUCCUCGAACGGUUGCUCCGCCCACACUUCCGACUAGUCUUCGCCGAAGCGCCCCUCCCAGCACGCCCAGGCCCCGACGUGACAUCCGUAUACAAAGACUACGGACCAUUCAAAGCAUGGCUGCGCGUACGGCCCGAAGACCCAGCCGAGGACGCACACGACAUCGUGAGAAAAAUCGAGGACUCCAUAGUCGCCGCACGACGCGCAGACGACUGUCAAGGGGCGACGGGAGACUGGGUCGGACUACUCGGUUUCAGCCAGGGGGCCCAUCUCGCGGCCGGCAUCCUUGCUACACAGCAAGAGCUGCGGCGACGGAAUGAACUUGACGAGACUUGGCCGGUAUUCCGGUUCGCCGUGCUGUUGGCGGGACGGGGUCCGCUGAGAUGGCUUCGUCCGGACCUGCCUAUGCCCCGCGGCUUUGUCGAUGCUGCGCAGUGUACCACUGGAGGGGAGCCACUGGUUUCCAUGGACUUGUUGCAGGAUACUCGUCUACAAAUUCCAACUGUGCAUGUUCACGGGCUGACGGACCCUGGACUGGAGUUGCAUCGAAGGCUUCUUUAUCAGUAUUGUGAUUCUCGCACGGCGACACUUGUGGAAUGGAGUGGGAAUCAUCGUGUGCCGAUCAAGUUUCGUGAUGCGGCAUCUGUGGUUGAGCAGAUAUUGUGUGUGGCUCAGCAGACGGGUGUGCUAGGUAGAAAUUUGUAG